UUCCUGCAGGGCUAACCUGGAUAGAGAAGCACAAUGCAUUUCCCUUUGGCUCUCCUGGCCAUCCUCCCGUCUCUAGCAGCCUCGUCUCCCACCCCUCGCCAACGGCGACAGACGAGCACAAACUCGUCUUCGGACGUCCUCACUGACAUCAGCAUCAUCCAGCAAUACUGGGGGGAGAUCACACCCUAUGCGGACAAUGCCGAGGACUAUUUUGGAGUGAGCGAUGUUGGUCUGCCAGAUGGAUGUCAAGUCGAGCAGGCUCAUCUACUGCAACGCCAUGGAGCUCGCUUCCCCGGUAGUUAUUUUGACGACGGGCAGAACGAUGCCAACUUCGCCGGUAAGGUGAUGAACUGGACUCGAACCAAUUCCUCGUCCCAAUUCACUGGCCCCCUCAGCUUCUUGAAUUCGUACCGCUAUGACCUCGCACAAGACUAUCUCACUGGCAUUGGUGCUUCCCAGUCUUUUAUGGCUGGUGUCACUUUCUGGAACCGAUAUGGCCGCACGCUUUUUAACGCUACUCAAGGCCAGGUCGCGUACAACGCAACCUACGCCAAUGGUACCGACCGACCGAAGCUGACAUUGAGGACAACAAGCCAAUCCCGGAUCCAGAAUACACAGAUCAGUUGGGCAUUGGGAUUCUUCGGACCCAGUUACCAGCCCACGCCAGAUCAGACGCUCGCCAAUUUCACCAGCCCAUUCAACCUUGUCAUCAUCCCCGAGGGCGGAACCGAGAAUAAUACCCUGGCGUCGUACGAUUCCUGCUUCAAUGAUUACGAUCCAGUCACUGGGUAUCUCGGGGAUCUAGAUUUGUUGAGCUACCUGCCACUUUACCUGUCUGAUGCACAAGACCGGCUAUCUCAAUACAUUCCAAACGGGUUUAACCUCACUCUCAACGAUACAUACGCCAUGCAGAGCAUCUGCGCGUACGAGUCCAACUAUCUGGGCCAAUCCGACUUCUGCACUCUCUUCACCGAAGACGAAUGGUCCGGGUUCGAGAGCACGCUGGACAUCGAGUACUACUACGACUACUCGUACGGCAACCCGACGGGAAGGGCACAGGGUAUCGGCUAUCUGCAGGAGCUGCUGGCGCGGCUGCAGAACCAGUACAUCACGUCCUCCAAUUCGAGCGUCAACAGCAGCUUGACCAACAACUCGCGGACAUUUCCGCUGCACCAGAAAUUGUACGCCGACUUCUCGCACGACGACAUCAUCAUCUCGGUGCUCACGGCGGCCUCGCUCGACUACCUCCGCGACCCGCCGUCCCUGACGCAAUACCCACCGGACCCCAACCGGCACUUCAUCCUGUCGCACCUGACGCCCUUCUCGGCGCGACUGGUGACGGAGGUGAUUGGGUGCGGGUCCGGCAGUCCCACGCCCAAGAACGCAUCGCAGACGCAAUACUACCCGACCCAGUACGGGUACAACCCCAGCAACGCGACGCACAAGUUCAUCCGCAUGCGGCUGAACAACGGCAUCCUGCCCUUGUCGACCAUCCGCGGCGGCUACUGUGGCAACCGCAGCGACGGGCUGUGUCCGCUGAGCUCGUUCCUGACGAGCCAGGCCAGCGCCUACGACGCGAGCAACUACGACUACGUCUGCUUCGGGAACUACACCAUCGACUACCCCAACAACGGGACCGACUACGACGGGACUCUGUUUAGCGGGAGUGCCAGGCAGAAACGCGGAGGACUGAGGAAGUGGUGACCACGGCACAGAAUCACAAAGCCUAGUACUUGAUGGCAAUGUUCCGACGGCGGCGGACUAUCCGGGGAGAGACGGAAAUGUACAUACGCACUCACAGUAUAUAAUGAUCCGACGACGAAGAUAAUGAAGACGACAAAACACGAUCGCCAGAAUAGCACAGGUGGCA